GUAAGCAGAUGUCAGACAACGGUAGCAUUCUCACCCACCACGCCCUGCCUUAAACAUGUAUUGUGACGUAGGUGUUGUGUUUACCUACAGUUAGUGUUUAUCCGAAGCAGUGUUGAAGUCAUGUGAAAGCGACUUAAUCAAACAGCAACAUAAAAGCGUCGUCAUAACUCUUUUUUUUUUAUCUUUGAUGGUAUGAAAUGGAAAAGAAUUUGGUUUGAGAAAUUGAUCAUGUCCUGUGUUGUGCGAAUUACCAUUUGAUAGUUGAUCUGUGAAACGAGUGUUUUGGAAAAUACUGUUUAUUUUUUGGUCAUCGGUUUCUAGAAGAAAAUAUAAUCAUCUAAAUAUCUACAUGAAAAAAAAAAAAUAGAAAAAUAAUUAAAAAAAAAAGGUAUAAAGAUGGGAUGACGAAGAAAUAAAAAUACAUUUCGCAUAUAUAUCUAUUUACGAAUAGUGAAUAGUGAAUAAACAACAACAACAUCAAGAUCAACAGCAGCAACAAACCAGGCGGCAACUCGAAAGAUUUCUUCAUUGUCAACAUCUCUUGUACAACACUACCACCUGCUCUAGCCUCCCCGUCGCCAUACCAAACAUACUUUCCAAUAUACCUGUUACAGCAGUACCGUGUUCCUUCAUUUUUUUUUUUUUCUUUCUUUUUUUGGUCGGUGUAAUAACAGUUGCCAAAAUGAAAAAGGAAGAAUUGCUUUUGGAGGAUAGUGGAGAUGCAGACGACUACAAGUACGACCCAAGAUAUCCUUACGACUAUGGGAGUCGUCCUGACUAUGGGAGUCGCCACAGCUCCCUUCGCAGCAAGAACCGAGUCGUCUUCGUGGAACCUGACGAAGAGAGCGUCUCCAGCCAAUUCUGGGAGUCGAACCCUUGGCUGGAAGAAUUCCUCGCUUUGGUGAAGGAGAGAGGGCCCACGGUUUUAGUCGUGUUAAUGCUGGGAGGUCUGGGCAUCUUCUGUACCCUCGCGGGAUGGUGGCUGUUGGCAGUGGCCGGCGCCCUCAACUACCUCGGGGGGAUCAUUGUGCAAGGGGUCGUGCUGCCUGUGGUUGGACUCAUCCUGCUGAUGAUGUCCAUGAUGGUCUUCCGCACCAACUGGUCGUCUUUUAAGAAGGAACCCGAAGGUGUCUCCGAAGUCUUCGACGCAGAUCCCGCAAUACUGAACAAAGCCAUCGUCAGGCCAAGCUGCCUGGUGAACAGCGAGACCAAAUUCCCGAAGCCAAGCCAGAUGACGGAUGACAUGAAAUUUCAGGACGUGAAGCUGCCCAUACGUAAUUGGGAGACAGAUACCUAGCGACUGUACAAUGGGAAUUCUGAGAACGCAUUUUGAUUGGUUUUAUAACUUGUUUUGUUGUCUCUUUGCUUUUCUUCUCUUUUUUCUUGUUCUGCGUGGUAAUAUGUGUCUUUGUUUAUGAUGUUUGCCUCUAUUAUUUUCUUUCAAACC